UCUUGCGGUUCACGCGCCUGCCGCCCCAGAUUCGCCACCGAGCCCGGGUCGAAGGCGACAGCGCAGCCGAGGGGGCGCGGCUGAGACGAGCUGCGGGGCCGGGUGCCCGUGGCGGGGGGACAGUGACCCGGGGGCUGAGGAGGCGCGAGACUAGACCUGCGGGGACGCGGGGAAGGAUCGUGGAGCGCUGACCCCCAGCGCAGCCAUGGGCCCCCGCCGCGCGCCCCGCGCCCGGCUCCUGAUGCUCUGCGCGCUGGCCUUGAUGGUGGCCGCCGGCGGCCGCGUCGCCUCCGCCUUCAACCUGGACACCCGAUUCCUGGUGAUGAAGGAGGCCGGGAACCCGGGCAGCCUCUUCGGCUACUCGGUCGCCCUCCAUCGGCAGACAGAGCGGGAGCAACGCUACCUGCUCCUGGCUGGUGCCCCCCAGGACCUCGCUGUGCCUGACGGUGCCACCAACCGGACCGGUGCUGUGUACCUGUGCCCACUCACUGCCUCCAAGGACGACUGUAAGCGGAUGGACAUUGAGGAGAAAAGUGACCCUGACCGUCACAUCAUUGAGGACAUGUGGCUUGGGGUGACUGUGGCCAGCCAGGGCCCUGCAGGCAGAGUCCUGGUCUGUGCCCACCGCUACACCCAGGUGCUGUGGUCGGGGUCAGAGGACCAGCGGCGCAUGGUGGGCAAGUGCUACGUGCGGGGCAACGACCUGGAGCUGGACCCCAGCGACGACUGGCAGACCUACCACAACGAGAUGUGCAACAGCAACACCGACUACCUGGAGACGGGCAUGUGCCAGCUGGGCACCAGCGGGGGCUUCACGCAGAACACCGUGUACUUUGGGGCCCCAGGCGCCUACAACUGGAAAGGAAACAGCUACAUGAUUCAGCGGAAGGACUGGGAUUUAUCCGAGUACAGUUACAAGGACCCGGAAGACCAAGGAAACCUCUAUAUUGGAUACACGGUGCAGGUGGGCAGUGCCAUCCUGCACCCCACAGACAUCACCAUUGUGACGGGUGCACCACGACACCGACAUGUGGGUGCGGUCUUCUUGCUGAGCCAGGAAGCAGGCAGAGACCUGCGGAGGAGGCAGGUGCUGGAGGGCACACAGGUGGGCGCCUAUUUUGGCAGUGCCAUUGCCCUGGCAGACCUGAACAAUGACGGGUGGCAGGACCUCCUGGUGGGUGCCCCCUACUACUUUGAGCGGAAAGAGGAGGUAGGAGGAGCCGUCUACGUCUUCAUGAACCAGGCAGGCACCUCCUUCCCUGCCCAACCCUCCCUCCUUCUUCAUGGCCCCAGCCACUCUGCCUUCGGCUUCGCGGUGGCCAGCAUUGGUGACGUCAACCAGGAUGGAUUCCAGGACAUUGCUGUGGGAGCCCCAUUUGAAGACUCAGGCGCUGUGUACAUCUACCACAGUGGCUCCAGGGGACUCCCCAGACAGCCCCAGCAGGUGAUCCGUGGAAAGGACCUGGGACUGACUGGCAAGGCCACCUUUGGCUACUCCCUGAGUGGGCGGAUGGACGUGGAUGAGAACCUCUACCCAGACCUGCUAGUGGGGAGCCUGUCAGACCGCAUCGUGCUGCUGCGGGCCCGGCCAGUCAUCAACAUCCUCCACAGGACCUUGGUGGCCAGGCCAUCUGUGCUGGACCCGGCACUCUGCACAGCCACCUCCUGUGUACAGGUGGAGCUGUGCUUUGCUUACAACCAGAGUGCUGGGAACCCCAACUACAGGCGGAACAUCACCCUGGCCUACACUCUGGAGGCCGAUCAGGACCGACGCCCGCCCCGGCUCCGCUUUGCCCGCAGCCAGUCGGCCAUCUUCCAUGGCUUCUUCUCCAUGCCUGAAAUGCGCUGCCAGAAGCUGGAGCUGCUUCUGAUGGACAACGUCCGCGACAAACUCCGUCCCAUCAUCAUUUCCAUGAACUACUCUCUGCCCCUGCGGAUGCCAGAGCGCCCCCGGCUGGGGCCGCGGUCCCUGGACGCCUACCCGGUCCUCAACCCGGCGCAGGCGCUGGAGAGCCACACCGAGGUGCAGUUCCAGAAGGAGUGCGGGCCCGACAACAAGUGCGACAGCAAUUUGCAAAUGAGGGCGGCCUUCGUGUCGGAGCAGAUGCAGCCGCAGAGCAGGCUCCAGUUCAGCAGAGACGUCAGGAAACUGCUCCUGAGCAUCAACGUGACCAACGUCCCGAGCCGGGAGCGAGCCGGGGAAGAUGCCCACGAGGCGCUGCUGACCCUGGCCGUGCCUCCCGCCCUGCUGCUGUCCUCAGUGCGCCCGCCUGGGGCUUGCCAGGCCAACGAGACUAUUCUUUGCGAGCUGGGGAACCCCUUCAAACGGAACCAGAGGAUGGAGCUGCUCAUUGCCUUCGAGGUCAUCGGGGUGACCCUGCACACAACGGACCUCCAGGCCCAGCUGCAGCUCUCCACGUCCAGUCACCAGGACAACCUGCGGCCCAUGACCCUGACUUUGCUGGUGGACUACACACUCCAGGCCUCGCUCAGCAUGGUGAGUCACCGGCUACAAAGCUUCUUUGGGGGAACAGUCAUGGGCGAGGCUGGCAUGAAAACCGUGGAGGAUGUGGGAAGCCCCCUCAAGUAUGAAUUCCAGGUGGGCCCAAUGGGAGAGGGGCUGGCAGCCCUGGGGACCCUGGUCCUGGGACUGGAGUGGCCCUAUGAAGUUGCCAAUGGCAAGUGGCUGCUGUACCCUACGGAGAUCACCGUCCGCAGCAACGGGUCCUGGCCCUGCCGGCCACCAGGAGACCUCAUCAACCCUCUCAACCUCACUCUCUCUGUGUCCGGGGAUGGGUCGUCAACUUUACAGCGCAGGCGGCGGCAGCUGGACCCUGGGGGAGACCAGGGCCCCCCACCUGUCACUCUGGCUGCUGCCAAAAAAGCCAAGUCUGAGACCCUGCUGACCUGCACCAAUGGCCGCGCCCGCUGCGUGUGGCUUGAGUGCCCCAUUCCUGAUGCCCUGGUCAUCACCAACAUCACAGUACAGGCCCGGGUGUGGAACAGCACUUUCAUCGAGGAUUACAAAGACUUUGACCGAGUUAGGGUAGACGGCUGGGCCACCCUGUUCCUCCGAACUAGCGUCCCCACCAUCAACAUGGAGAACAAGACCAUGCUGUUCUCCGUGGACAUCGACUCCGACCUGGUGGAGGAGCUGCCAGCCGAGAUCGAGCUGUGGCUGGUGCUCGUGGCCGUGGGUGCGGGGCUGCUGCUGCUGGGGCUGAUCAUCCUCUUGCUGUGGAAGUGCGGCUUCUUCAAGCGAGCCCGCACUCGCGCCCUGUAUGAAGCUAAGAGGCAGAAGGCGGAGAUGAAGAGCCAGCCGUCCGAGACAGAAAGGCUGACCGACGACUACUGAGGGGGGCAGCCCCCCGCCCCCGGCCCACCCGGUGCAACUUCUUUAAGCGGACUCACUACUACCAGGUCAUGCCCAAGUACCACGCGGUGCGGAUCCGUGAGGAGGAGCGCUACCCACCCCCAAGGAGCACCCUGCCCACCAAGAAGCACUGGGUGACCAGCUGGCAGACUG